CUGAGUGCACGUCAGUUCCAUCGCGCACUCCACCAUUCUUCGUUUCGCGUGCAGCAGCUAAAUCCAUUAUGAAGUGGACCAGUAUUGGAAUAACGCUUGGACUUUGUGCAUUGUCAGUGUUUGCCCAAAUUCCGGACGCAGAUAAGCUCAAAUGUCGCCUUUGCAACAACGCUAAUGGACUGGUCGACUGCUCGACGUUAACCAUCUGUGAUAACCGAACGGAGGAGUGUUAUACGGAUCAAGUGAUCACGCCGACUUUCGAAAUUGUGUACCGGUCAGGAUGCAGGGCACGUCAGCAAUGCGAAGGUAGUUCAGUGCAAGUUGGAAAACGACAAGCAGACGGAGAGUUGAUCGCCUGUUCCAGGUGUUGUGCGAAGGAUGAUGACUGUAACGAGAGACUUUGUGGACUCCAAGCAACCCUUGUGAACAUUAGCCAGUGUUACUUCUGCGACUCCGCGCACUCCGACCAGGGUGAUGUCACUGAUCCUGAAGAUUGUAUCACUAUGACAACCUGCGACGUAGACCAGGCGUGUUUCGGCCAAAAUAAGUAUCACCCUGGGCAACCAACGUCGUUCCGAUAUGGGUGCUUCAACUUUGAGAUGUGUAGGGUGUUGAUGAAAACCGCUUUCGAUGACCUUGCGCGGUGUGAAAAUGGCGGAGAUAGUUGUGGGACCGACAACAGUGGCGUUUGUAACGUCUGUUGUCGAGGAGGAGGGUGUAACUAUGGUGAUUGCCAUGUUAUCAGAAAUCAACUUUAUGACCAGUACAAGAAUAACGGGGUCUUCGACCUGGAUACUCUGGAAUCAAAAUCAGGAGGCACGACCCAGUCGCCGGGCGGAAAAUAGACCCGUGCAACGGACACCAUCUAAAAAAUUUGAUGAAAUUCUCAUUUUGUUUCGUUAAUAAAAUGACGUGCAUCAUCGAAAUGUA